AAGCGAGUAUCUGUUAUGUCAUGUGAUUAUUUUAUUUGACCUGUAUAACGUGUGUGUAAGUAGGCUCCUAUAUAUUAUACUGUUAAAAUUAUAUUUCAAACGAAGGGGUAACCGGUUCAGCUAUAACAUAUUUUGUAUCAACGCAUAAGUUGGGUUUAUAGUAGCUGCCGCAAGAAGCGUCAAACCAUCGGACCGUAGGUAGGAAAGUCACGAAAAACGAGCUGGGUGUAAGCCCCUAAAUUCUUCUGCGAUUUUGAACCCGCUGUGCUGUUAAAAUUGUUCUAUCCCUACCUAUCAGUAGAUGCAUCCUUACGAGGUCUAGCGGGCGCAAUACAGUGGGCUUUAACAUCCUACCUUUUUGCACCGAUGGAAACUUUGCUCGAACAGCGGCCUACCUGCCUACUCUUUAUCGAAAUUAAACUUUCAAGGGGUCUUUUACGUGUACACCAAAGUGUUCACGGGAGAUCGACCGGUUGCAGUUGUCAUUAAAUCCUUUAUCUUUAAGAUUGAUAUAUCUAGGUAUUAUGUUUUAUUAUCAGUGGCGUUUUAUCAUCAUGAUGGAAACCCCACCGAUCAUACCAUCGUCAUACUAUAAGAGACUAAUGAUAUGGUCUGGUAUUGUAAUGGUAUGGAUGUUUAUAUAUGAACUGAUUUGUAUGGUUAUGCUAUCUAUAGUGUUAUAUGGUGUUUAUCAUUAUACAAUAUACAAAAGAAAUAAAGAAGUUAAAAUAGAUGUGACAGGAAAAGCUAUAUUUAUAACUGGAUGCGAUACUGGUAUUGGGCACGAACUAGCAUUAACAACUAAUGAUCAAGGAUUUGUUGUAUUUGCUGGUUGCUUGGAUCCAGAUGGUAAUGGUGCUGAAAUACUAAGGUCAAGGUCGUCUAAGAGAAUUCAUAUAGUUAAAUUAGAUGUAACUAACGAUGAACAAGUAGAAGACAGUCUGCAAUAUGUGAAAAAUACAUGUAAAGAAAAUGGUUUGGUACUGUGGGCUUUAAUAAAUAAUGCUGGAAUAGCCACAGAAGGUCCAAUAGAACUACUGAAUAUCUCCGAGUAUAAACGGGUUGGUGAUAUAAACCUGUAUGGUACAGUUCGUGUCACUAAAGCCUUCAUCCCUUUACUUCGACAAUCAAAAGGUCGUAUCAUGAACAUGUCAAGUGAAAGAGCUAUACGAUUUCCCGCUAUGUCAUCUGUCUACUGUAUGUCUAAAGCAGGAGUAGAAGCAUUUUCUGACAGUCUUCGUCUAGAAAUGUCUAGAUUUGGUGUAAUGGUUAGCAUCAUAGAACCGGGACAUUUUGGUCAAGCUACAGCAAUUCUUCAUCAACCUGUUAUUAAUAGGAACAGAAAACUAAUGGAAACUGAAUUCGAAAACUCACCAGAUGUAGUAAAAGGUGUAAAGAAAGUAUACUGCCAACAAGAUAUUGACGCAGUUUUAGAUGCCAUGGUUGGUUCCAUAGCAACCGGCUUCCCCCACCUUCAACCAUUACUUAAUGUUAUGGCCAGUGCAUUGGUUGAUCCUAACCCACGUGAACGGUAUUUGGUUGGCGGUACGAAUGGUCUUGUGGAUCCCAGAUCUGUGAUCUGCCGACUUAAAACGUACUUGCCAGACUCCAUUAUUGACGUCAUAACGGGAAUGGUGUGAACGUUAGUUAGAACUGUGUGUCAUUUUCUACGUCUUAAUCCACAAUGUACUCAAAUUGAUUAUUUAACAUUUAAUUAAAAAGAGGUCCACAAAAUGUUGACAAAUUUUUAAUUCAUCAUAUCUUUGUAAUACCGUAAUUUAACUUUCACCAUACAGUAGUUUGCAAUGACUUUAAUGAAUGAAUUUUAAUCCAAGUAGUUUAUAAUUAAUUGUAGACAUUUUUCUUCUUAACAUUCAUUUUAUCAAUCACGUGAAUGUCAGUUUUAUUGUUGUCAGUUUCGAGAUUUAAUUUUCAUUCCAUUUACUAGGUCGGACACUUUAUUAGAAUCUAAGGACACGUUUGAGAAAGGCUAUUAUUUGAUAACCAAUCAAAUGUUUGGGUAAUAAGAACCUUUCAAAAAAUUUUGCGGAAUUUUCUGUAUCAUGGGUUUGGAUUGGUGGGAUGAAGAAGAGUUGACCAGAAACAGUUGUCGCAUUACUGAACGCACCCAGGACCACGAUAAAGUAUAAAUAACCGAAAAUAAAAUGAAAGAAAUGUGUCCGGUUUAUGUAUUGUUUUAGUGAAUUAAGUCAAUUUGAAUCACUGAAAAUUAAAUAAAGUAGAAUAAGAGAGUAUAAAUUUUUAACAAAUCGUUUAUUUACAUAAUAACUAUAUAAAGAACUUUAUAACAAUAUCACAUAGCAGAGCACUGGGAUAUAAGCAUUUGGGGGGGGGGGAUAUAUAAUAACUUAAACUUGGUGACAAUAUAUAUAUAAUAUGUUCAAGCACUAAAUUGGCAUUUUGGAAAUGAUUUAUUACAGCCAAACCGCUUUUAUGCUUUUAUUUAGGUGACAAAAGGGGUCGGAUUGGGUAUAUAUUGCAUGUGUGUUCAUUGGUGAGAGUGUAAGCUUUAUGUGAUUAAAGUCUGUAUUUAAUUUGA